AUGACUUGCAAGCUUGGUAUCCCAACUGCUUCACUAGGCCAUGGCUCUGCGGGCCACACCCUAGAAACUAGGCUGGACGCCGCCCAAAAAUACGGAUUUUGCGGUGUUGAAGUCUCCUACGAUGAUGUCAUUCGCGUCGCUCAGCAAUAUCAAAACACCAACACUGAGCCCUCAGAGUCCGACAAGUACACUGCCGCAUGGGAUAUCAAGAGCAUGUGCAAGAAGAGAAAUCUUGAGAUCAUAUGUGUCCAAUUUCUGAGAGACUACGAGGGACUUUUAGACCGGAACGAGCACGAAAAUCGGUUUCAAGAAUUCCAAGUUUGGAUUCAGGUCGCUCGAGCCCUAGGCACGGAUAUGAUCAUGAUGCCUGCGAGCGCAUUGCCAGCAGAUCAGGUCGGCAAUAGAGACUUGAUCAUAAAGGACCUGCAAAAGGCCGCCGAUGCUGCUCAAACUGAGACACCUCACAUCCGCUUCACAUUCGAAGCUCGGUGCUCAGCUACCCGUGUUGACAAGUGGGAAUAUAGUUGGGACGUGAUCAAGGCAGUUGAUCGUCCAAACUUGGGCCUGUGUCUUGAUGCCGUGCAUAUCGCCGGGCGCAUCUUUGCAGACCCAGCGGCACCCUCUUCCCGGGUUCCCGACGGACACGCGGCUAUCGAUCUAUCUCUGCGCCGUCUUGUCAAAUUUAUUAAGCCUGAGCGCGGAAAGGUGUUCCUUGUCCAAAUUGGUGAUUGUUAUUUACUCUAG